GGCUGGAGGCUGUGCCCGGGGUGGGGAGACGAGCCCCCCGCUUCCCCAGGGGGAAACUUUGGGUCUGGUGGAAUUUUCCACCAGGAAAACCGCGAAGAGCCGGGCACAGCGCGGGUGAGGGCAGAGUCCUCUGCCCCUGGCGCACCCCGGUGUCCCCGGCGCUGUGGCUGGUGGCGGUGCAAUGGGACAUUUUGUGGGUCCCAUGUCCCCAUGGAUCCGGUCCCCUGGCCAUAUCCCCUGGGAGAUCCUAUCCCUGCCUGAGCUGUGUGCCUGGCCCGUGUGGAACAGAGCAGGCGGGGUGUGGGGGGGAUUUUCCUGCUGCCCAUCCAAGGGUGCAAGUGGCCGUGCCCCUGCCCCCUGAUUGCAGCUUGGUAGGGAAACUGAGGCACAAGGGAUGGGGACUUACAUGGAGGCACCUAUUUCCAUCCCAUUCCCAUCCCUGUCCCAUCCCUGUCCCAUCGGGGGACACCCCCCUGGCAGGGAAGGGGUUAAGGUCCCCUCACAGCUUGUCUGAACCCCCUGAGGGGCUCCCCAAGGGCUCAUUACCUCGGUCUCAGCCCCCCUGCCCCGGGAGGGGGGAUGAAUAAUUCAGUGCCUGGUAGGAGAUGUGUCCUCCCUCCCUCUCCUUCCUCCUCCUCCUCCUCCUCCUCCUCACCGGCUCUGCUUUCCCCACCUCCCGCCACUCUCAGUCCUCGCCGUACCGGAGCCCCGGGUGCUACCGAACUCCCCGCUCGGUACCGGUGGCUGAGACCCACCCUCACCGGCAGCGGCGGUGACCAUGGACCCCAAGGACCGCAAGAAGAUCCAGUUCUCGGUGCCGGCCCCCCCCAGCCAGCUGGACCCCCGCGCCGUGGAGAUGAUCCGGCGGCGGAGGCCCACGCCGGCCAUGCUCUUCCAGCUCUCCGAGCACUCAUCCCCAGAGGAUGAGUCCCUGCCCUACCAGCGCGAGAGCUGCCUGCUGAAACCAAAGAGGACCAACCCGUGUGCCUACACCCCGCCAUCGCUCAAAGCGGUGCAGCGCAUCGUCCAGUCCCACCUGGAGGGUGGCGUGGCCGGGGGGGACAGCUCCGAUGGGGAGGCCGAUGAUGGGGAGCAUGAGCUGGCCCGUGCCUGUGACCCCGACAGUGCCCUCGAGCCUGGCGGGCAGAAGGUGUCCUUCGCCGGCGGCAUCGACGAUCGCGGCCAGGACCUGAAGUCGCUGACGGUGUCGGAGAUCCCGGAGGAUCCCGAGGGAGCGGAGGAUGAGGAAGAGGAGGAUGGCGGCACCGGGGAGCGGCGACACGUCGGCUUCGCCGAGGUUCCCUCUCGCCCCAUCGGCACCGAGCGCCAUUCGCCCACCUACCCACUGGGCACCAGUUAACCGGCACCGGGACCCCGGCUCCCCCCGGCUGCAGCAGCUUCGCCGGUGCCCCCCCUCGCCCCACUGCCCCCCAUCGCCCCACUGCUGCCCUGCCUGCGCUUCGUGUGCCGCCCCACACAUGGCCACGGCCGCCCCGCUUCGCACUGGGGGUCCCACGCGAGGGGCCGGGACCCUCCCGGGGGGCUGGUGGGGACCCCCCCGGCCCCACAUCGAGCUGAGCCCCCUGCCCGAAAUAAACGGCUGUACAGAGAG